GGCGACACUGUCUCUUCUUGGUCUCGACUCUCGGGUGUCCGGCAUCAUCGUCAUCAACAUCAUCAUCAUCAUCGUCGUCAUCGGCGCUUUCCCGCUCUGUGUUUACGCCGUCGCGACGGGUGUUUUCCAAACAAAUCAUCCUCUCCGCCGAACCGCGCGGCCGUCAGUUUUCGCUCGAGCCUCCAGGCGCGGCCCCGUCCAUUUCUGCCGCGGAAAAUUUCUCCAUCCCCGUUGACCCCCUUGUGUUUCCCCCACGGUGUUUGCGGGAUUGUGCCUCCUUGGAUUUUUGGAUUUUCCACGCGUCGCCAGUGAUGUGAGCGGAGUGACGUCGGAAGCUGAAGGACGUACCUUGAAAUAAGAGAGGAAGGGGGAAGGAUGUUCGCGUCGAACAAUAAUACGUUCGGUGAGGAACCGGCGGUAUUGGUGCGAAAAGCAUGCCUCAGCUACGGCCCCAACGCCAAGAUUCUAAGGAAUCUCAGCCUCACAGUCCCACAAAAUCAAAUAUAUGGUCUUCUAGGGCCUAGCGGAUGCGGCAAAACAACCCUGCUCAACUGCAUAGUUGGAAGAGUGCGAUUAGACUCGGGGAGUAUAUUCACCAAAGCCAAGACGACCUCAGAACUAGGUUACAUGCCACAGGACUUAGCGCUUCACAGAGAAUUAUCAAUUCGAGAAAUAUUCAGGUUUUAUGGAUGCAUGUUCUCAAUGUCAGAGACAAAAAUUGUACAGAGAAGUCGAGAGUUACUACAGUUCCUUGAAUUACCAAAUGAUGAGAAAGUUGUGUCGGCGCUCAGUGGCGGUCAGCAGAGACGGAUAUCAUUUGCUGUUGCCUUGUUUCACGAUCCAAAACUGCUGAUCUUAGAUGAACCAACGGUUGGAUUAGAUCCAUUGCUCAGCCAAAGUAUCUGGGAGAAACUGAUGGAAAUGGCAAGUUUUGGUAAAACCAUUAUCAUCACAACACAUUACAUAGAGGAGGCCAGACAGGCAAAUAUGAUUGGCAUGAUGCGAAAAGGAACGAUUCUUGCAGAAGCUCCUCCCGCAGAAUUGCUAGCUGUACAUAAUUGUAAUUAUUUAGAAGAUGUAUUCUUGAAAUUGUGCCAUAUUCACGAUACGACUUCAAACCCAAGUGAGCUUGCCAGAUCUCAAACAGACGUAGAGCCAUAUCGGCUACAAGAACCUCUGAAAACAAAGGAGGGUUUCUUCUCAACUAGUUUUAAGGCCCAAUUUAUGAAGAACCUGUGUCUCUUGCGAAGGAAUCUCGCGUUGACUCUGUUCAUUGUGAUGCUCCCGAUCGUGCAGGUCGGGACGUUCAACUUCGCGUGCGGGCACGACCCGACGCGGCUGCCGCUGGCCGUCGUCAACGACGAGUUCCUUGCCUCGGGCGCCACCAGCUGCUUCUACAAGGAGCACGACGCCUGCAUAUUCGACCUCAACUACACUUAUUCGGCGAGUUGUCGCUACUUGGACAAGCUCAGGCAUCGGCAAAACGAGCUCGGAGACCUCUUCAAACUC